AUGGCAGACGCUCUUGCAAAUCAGCUCAACAACACAAACUUAGGGGAAGCAAACUCGGAAUUGAGGUGGAAAGAACAAUUGAAUAUGCCUGCGAAAGACGCAAGACCGCAGACUGAGGAUGUGACUGCCACUAAAGGCCUUGAAUUUGAAGACUUUUAUAUCAAACGAGAGCUUAUGAUGGGCAUAUUUGAGGCUGGGUUUGAGAAACCCUCACCGAUUCAAGAAGAGACAAUACCAGUCGCUCUUACGGGCCGCGAUAUUCUGGCUCGCGCAAAGAACGGCACCGGCAAGACGGCAGCUUUCGUUAUCCCCACUCUAGAACGCAUCAAUCCUAAGAGCACAAAGACUCAAGCGCUCAUCCUUGUACCAACAAGAGAGCUUGCGCUCCAAACAUCCCAAGUUUGUAAGACUCUUGGAAAGCAUCUGGGAAUCAACGUCAUGGUCACUACCGGAGGGACGGGUUUGAUGGAUGAUAUCAUCAGACUGAACGACGCUGUGCACAUUCUCGUGGGGACUCCAGGAAGAGUAUUGGACUUGGCCAGCAAGGGCGUUGCGGAUCUUUCGGAGUGUCCUACCUUCGUCAUGGAUGAAGCUGACAAGUUGCUGUCCCCCGAAUUUACACCCGUCAUUGAGCAGCUCUUGUCAUUUCACCCAAAGGACAGACAGGUGAUGCUCUUCAGCGCCACCUUUCCGUUAAUUGUCAAAUCAUUCAAGGAUAAACAUAUGCGCAAUCCUUAUGAGAUCAAUCUGAUGGAUGAACUUACUCUACGAGGAAUCACCCAAUACUACGCUUUUGUGGAGGAAAAACAGAAGGUCCACUGCCUGAACACCCUAUUCUCAAAGCUUCAAAUAAACCAGUCGAUCAUUUUCUGCAACUCCACCAACCGAGUUGAACUUCUUGCGAAGAAAAUUACAGAGUUGGGCUACUCUUGCUUCUACUCGCACGCUCGAAUGCUCCAGCAACACAGAAAUAGAGUUUUCCACGACUUCCGCAAUGGUGUGUGUCGCAACCUCGUCUGCUCCGACUUGCUCACUCGAGGUAUCGAUAUCCAAGCAGUUAAUGUUGUCAUCAAUUUCGACUUUCCAAAGAAUGCGGAAACAUACCUUCACAGGAUCGGUCGAUCUGGUCGUUUCGGACACUUGGGUCUUGCCAUCAAUCUCAUAAACUGGGAUGACCGCUUCAAUUUGUACAAGAUUGAGCAGGAGCUGGGAACGGAAAUACAGCCCAUUCCCCAGAAUAUUGACAAGAAGCUAUAUGUCUAUGAUUCUCCAGAGACAAUUCCUCGUCCUAUCUCCAAUCCAUCACAGCAACGCCAAAUAACUAAUACUGCGGCAAAUACGAGCACGACAGACCGCCGCCAUCAUAAUCCUCCAAAUAGUGGGCAAUACCAGUUCAAUCGAGGCCGGGGUUCGUACCGUGGACGGGGGCAGGGUCAGCGCCGGAGCGCACAAAUCGAAUCAAACAAGUUCGGUCACCCUCAGGGCCAACACAGUGGCAAGACUUCAACAGCGCCGGUGUCAUAA